AUGUGGUCCCUGUGGGAGGAGGACAGCGCCUGGACGGACUCCCUGCUCAGAGACAUUGAGACUUCAUUUCCCAAGAUGCACGAGGGGGAUAAUUCUGAGCUCGGUGCCUACCAGGAGCGGCGUGGCGUCCUGCAGGGGAGCAGGGCGCGGUUCAGUCGGAUGCUGGAGGCGGGGCUCUGGCUCAAGGUGGCGGGCUGUGGGGGGGUGGGUGCGUCCACCCGCAGCCUGGAGGCACGAUGGAGAGCCCUGCACAGGAAGGUGGAGCUCAAACACACAGAUGUUGAAAGGAGGAGGAAGCUGAGGAGCAGGUUUUGUCGUGACUCCGCCGCGCUGGCCGAGUGGAUGGGCGGAGCCAGAGAACUCAUUGACCAAUGCCGUCAGCUCUCCGCUGAGGACGAGGUGGAUGUUGAACAGAGGCGGGACCACUACCUGAAGUCCGUGACUUUGACCAAAGAGCUGGAGGCCAAAUCUCAGCUGAAGGCGGCUGUUGUCUGUGUUGGGACCCAGCUGGUUGAGCUGAGGGAAGAGGACAGAGACCCUGAUGGAGGUCUGGAGGACCCGGAUCGGCUCCCCGUCCCCUCCCAGCUCAGACGGGUCGAGCUCCACUGGUCCGGUCUGCAGGCCGACGCUCCUGUCCUCCAACGCGCUCUGCACGAGCGAUGGAUGAAGACGUUGUCCCAGCAGGAGGCGCUCCUGGAGCUGCAGGCCUGGCUGGAAGUAGCCGAGUCCCGUCUGGAGGAACAUCGCGGCAGAGUCAACGGAAGCUCGGCCUCCGACGCCGACCUGGGUCGGCUCCUGAGAUGCUGCGAGGAGAGUCGGGCCGAGAUGACGGCGCACCGGGCCACGCUGGACUACUUGAGCCGGCCGCUGCACACGUGCGGUACCGAGGACGGCCAGAGGGGGCGCCAGGAACACAACCAGUUCGCAGAGGAGCAGGGUCGGCUCAACCACCGGUGGCUCCGCCUCCUGGAGACCCUGGACUGUCAGCUCGACGAGGUGCAGCAGGAGAUGAGGAGCAGAGCGGAGCAGGAGGCCCGACUGCAGCAGAUCAACAGCUGGAUCGCAGACCAGAACCGCUGGAUGGACUCGGCCCGGACGCCCAGCAGCCUGACGGAGCUGCAGAGGAGCGUCGACGCCGCCCAGGAUCUGCAGGAGAAGAUCGAGCACCGAGCUGCAGCCCUGCAGGAGUCGAGAGGCCGACUCGUUGGAGGAGGAACCAGCAGCAGGGAUCUAAUCGCUCGGACCGAGAAAUCCAUCCCAGGCCUGUGCAGCCCUCACACAGCAGCGGGACUCGCUUCACCAGAGGCUGCUUCGGGCCCGGCAGCUGUGGGAGUGCGUGCAGAAGCCGCUGAAUCAGAUGAUGCUGAAAACGGCGCGAGUGUCUCAGACUCUGGAGCUCCACAGCGGCGCUGCACUCUGCCUGCAGGCACACAGAGACCUCCACCUCCAGCUGCAGCUUCUCCACGAGGAGACGGAAGCCUCGGGGACAGAGUGGGACGGGCUGAGCCGAAGCGCCUCCACCCUAAGCGGCCUCAUCAGUCCCGCUGCCGGCGUCCUCCUCAUGGAGCAGCUGGACAAGCAAAGGGACAGCUGGGCGGCGGGGGCGGCGGCGCUGGACGGGCGGCUCCGGGGGAGUCGGGCGGUGCUGCAGCUUUGGGAGGCGUACGGCGCGCUGGCUGCGUCUUCCUCUCUGCGGCUGCGGGCGCUGCGGACGGAGGGCAGGUCGCCGGCGGGCGGGGGGGCCGCAGGCGACGACGGCGCGGAGCAGCUCGCUGGGAGGAUGCAGCUUGUCCAGGGCCUCCUGGAGAGGACAGACGCUCUGCAGUCUGACAUGGGGGGUUUGCUGGAGGCCUCCAGGGACCUAACCGGCCACCUGGAAGCUUCGGCCGCCAGUCUGGUCCAAUCAGAGAGCUGGUUGUUGUCACACGGUGUUCAGCAGCUCAGC